ACAGACAGACAGAAUGAGAGAGAGAGACAGAGAGACAGUGGGACGGUCUAGGUUGGCAGGAUAGCAGUGAGGUGGCUGUGGGUUGGGUGUUGAGCUGUCAUAUUUGCCAGAAGGUUUUGAGGUGACUCAAGUAGUAGUCUGAGACAGUGAUUAGACUGUAGCAGGGAGUUGUAAUAGCUCAUGCAGUGUUUGUGUCUCUUUGUAUUGUGGAACCAGGGGUCAAGAAAUCGAGCAUGAGAAGGCUGACGUUAUUGAAAACGACAGAAAGAGACCUGUGUCUGAGGGCAAAGGCUUCAGGGUUUGUGCCUAUUUUUGUGUGUAUGUAAGAGGGAAAGAGAGAGAGAAAGAGCGGGAGAAAGAGAGACAGAGCCAGAGAGAAAGAGAGACAGUCAGAUUCAAGAAAAAAGGAAAGAACCAAAGAAAGACUAGAAAGAGAAGCAAGCCAGACAGAACGAAAAGACGAGAGAAAGGAGCAAAGUAGAGGGUGUUAGCCCAUCAUGUGUGCCAGUGUGCUCCUGUCUCUCCUGCUGGUCUGCAGCUUUCCUCAGACUGGUGAUACCACGCCCCCAGCCAUAAACCCUGACAACAUUAGGCUGAAUGUUUCCGGCUCCAGCAAGGGUCUCCAAGUGUCCUGGCAGUACCCCAGACCUGACCGAGAGCCACGCUGCUAUGAAAGCCAACUCCAGCACAACACAAGCUGUCACACGGACUGGCAGACGGUGACCCUGCGAAACAGGUUCUUCCUACUGGAGUCUCCAUCCCGGAGGAGGAGCUACACGUUCAGGGUUAGAAUGAAGCACAUCAAUAUUUGUCCUCCCCCUCACCAGUGGAGUGCAUGGACACCGCCUGUCUACUGGGGACCAGAGGCCCACACAGUUUCCUGUGAUGUGGAGGCCGAGUCACCGAUCACCACCAGCACCUACAUUGGCACCAUUCUCCCUCUGUCUCUCUGUUUUCUGUUGGUCUGCAUCUUCUCUCAGACACGGAUCAGGGUCAUCUUCCUGCCUCACAUCCCCAGCCCUAAACAUGCAUGUGGCAGCCUCCUCACCAUCAAUCCUUCACAGUGGCGAGGUGGUUUUUCUGAGCCUAGCGUGGACUGUGAGACGGUCAAUGUCGAGAUCGUCAGCAUCCAAAACACAGAAGAGGAAGAAGAGGAGAAGGAGAAGGAAGAGGGAGAAAAGGCGGAGAAAGAGAAGGACGAGGAGGAGGGGAACAGAAAUGAAGAGUGCAGCGUAUUUGAACAGAGAUUGUGCCCAACUGACGCAGGACUACAAAUCUACCCUAGCCUGGCAGCCAAUGGGGCCUACUGCAGUUUGUGUCUUUGGGAUAAACAUAAUGCUAGUCUCAACAUGGUUGACUGACAUGAAUAAGCAUUAUAUAAGAGUUAGCCACCAAAUGUUGACUCUCUCUUUUUGCUUUAACAUUCCUGGAUACCGCAAAAAGACAACCACCUUCUCUGUAGAUGUCAAUGUGGUUGUUAUAUUGCUUUUGACCACAGGAGGGCAGUAUGACUGUGAGUAUAGCUCUGAUGACCAAACUUUGAGAGCCUGGUUUGAGCCUGCUAUCCUCCUCCUCCUCCUCCACCACAGCAGCCUGGGCCAGAGAGGGGAGUGGGCUAUUAUCGAGGGUUAUCUAAAAGAUUGAUAUGCAUGUUGUGCAUAAUAAACAUACAAAUUACCUUUAAGACGUCAUGGUGAGUGCUUAUGUUAUCCUGACAAAUCGUGAUGGAUGAGUGGAAUUAUUGAGUAUCUAAGUGUUUAUAGAACAGCCUGUAGAGUAUGCAGUACAGCUUCAUAAUGAUUGGAUUGGAGAGUGCAUCUCCUCACAUUCAUGAUUCCUGCAGGGAAGGGAUACCUGGAUUCUGGAAAACCGUGGUCCGGGAUUCAGCCCCUAAAUCCAGAGUUUCCGACGUGAGGAUACAACAGGCCUGUGUGGGAUCAGGAGAGUGUGUGUCAAACGUUUUUUGCAAGAAUAUUGUGGACAUUCCAUUAUGUUAAUAGCCGAUGCCCACUGUGUUCAUCCCCUCAUCAAAUGCAUUUUUUCCCCCUGGUCUGGAAAUAAACGUCUCUUAGUUUUUUCUUUGGAAUUGACACCUUGUCUUCUCUCCUCUCCUCGCUCAACCUCUUCAUGGAGUGAGCGGGGGGCUUUGAAGACCGGAGGAGCUGCC